CAACCUGAUAUUUUAAUUUUACAUAUAUAAAUGCAAAAUUUCAUCUCGAGCGAAUCUCAAUUUUUGAAAUUAGUUUAUUCGGCAUUCGCGAUGUGAAUCUAUAUACCUUGAAAAUUCUAAGUUUCUAGGUUUUCCGUUGGAUGUUAUUGUGCUUACACUGCUUACGGACGCCUAAAUUUAAACAAUUUCAAGGUGACAUCAUAAUAUCCAGAACUUAGGAGAUUUGUGUUUUAGCAAAAAAGUUCAAUGAAACAAAUCUAAAUUAAUCGAUAAAAUUGAUUAGCGCUGAAAUCGAUAUCGUACUCAUCAGCUCAUCUUAAUAUUUUACUCAUCCUUGGAAUAAAUUAAUGACGUCUUUAAAAUUUGUCAAAAAACUGUCUGCCAGUUGUCAUUAUUUGAUAAAUUACAAGUUUGGAACAAAAUUUAAAUCACAGAUUACUGUUACUCAGUUCAUGUUAAUAUUCUGUGCUGGCCAACUUUUGUGACACGUCGGUGUAAAUGUUUUUCUCGUUUGAUAAUUUUAAAUAUACAUAAUGGGGCAGAAAUUUCAAUAUGAUGAGAGUGGAGGGACUUUUUUCUAUUUUCUACUUUCAUUUCUAGCAUUAAUUUUAAUACCGGCAACAAUUUAUUAUUGGCCAAGGAAGAAGAAAAGAGAUCCAGAAGAGGAAAAUAGACGUUGUCACUGCCCACCAUGCAUACAAAAAGUAGAAUAUCUCAAAAAUGCAGAACCAUGGAGAGGACCAAAAGAUUUUUUGAUAAAACUCUCCAUUUUAGCUGGUUGGGUAGUUUUAAUUUUUUUGGCAUACAAAGUUUCUCAGUUCGAUUAUGAAAUGGCCAACUUUGAUCCCUAUGAAAUUCUUAGGGUACCUUUGGGAGCUUCAGAAAGUGAAAUAAAAAAAUCAUAUAGAAAACUUUCACUCAUUCUGCAUCCAGAUAAAGAUACUGGAAAUGCCAAGGAAUUUAUGAAAUUAACUAAAGCUUAUCAGGCUCUAACAAAUGAAGAAGCAAGAAAGAACUGGGAGAAAUAUGGAAAUCCAGAUGGUCCAGGAGCAAUGAGUUUUGGCAUAGCACUUCCCUCAUGGAUAGUAGAAAAAGAAAAUAGUGUUUGGGUUUUAGGACUUUAUGCUUUAGUGUUCAUGAUUGCCUUACCUAUAGUUGUAGGAACUUGGUGGUACAGAAGUAUAAAGUUUACUGGAGAUCAGGUAUUAUUAGAUACUUCACAAAUGUACUAUUACUUCUUCCAUAAGACUCCUAAUAUGAUUUUAAAAAGAGUGAUAAUGAUUCUGGCUGCCAGUUUUGAGUUUGAUAAACGUCAUAACUCGGAGGUGGUGGAACGACCAACAGAUAAUGAGGAAAUACCACAGCUAUUCAAAAAACUACCUCACCUUCAAGAAAAAAAUAAAGAACCUCCAAUGUGCCGAUUGUAUAGUGUAAAGGCGAGAACUAUUAUUCAUGCACAUUUAACAAGGAUACCUUUGAAUCCUUUAACGCUUGAACAGGAUCGAAGAUACAUUAUAGCAAAAUGUCCGUAUUUGCUUCUAGAACAAGUAAAUUGUGUUAAUCAACUGAUACUUCUGGGUUAUGCUAAACGAAUUCAACAUAUUCCUAGUAUUGAAUCAAUAGAGAACUGUAUGAAACUAUGCCCCAUGAUUGUUCAAGCAAUGUGGGAACAUAAAUCGCCUCUACUGCAACUUCCCUAUAUCAAUGAAGAUAACCUUAAACAUUUUAUGUCAAAGAAGCGUCAUAUUAAAACAUUGCAACAAUAUGCUCAACUGAAGAGUGAAGAUAGGCGUAGUCUUUUGAGGAAUCUAUCGGAUUCUCAGUAUGAAGAUGUGAUGAAGACAUUAGGCAACAUGCCUUAUGUUGAUUUCGAGGUGAAAUGCGAAGUCAUUGAUGAUGAGAACCCCACAAAAGUUACAGCCGGUGCUAUUGUAACUGUUACUGUAACUCUUACGCGUCAAAACAUGAGUAGCCUCUUUGGUGAUGAGAGUGCCAAAGACAACAGUCUCAUCACUGAAAAUGGAGUAGAAGUUGAGAACAAAGAGACUGCUGGUGGUGAUGGAGAUUCAGAACCAUUUUACAAGAGGCCCGCAUGGAUGAAACAAAAAAGAGGUGGAGGUAAAAAGAGCAAGAAAUCUGGAAAGCAGAGUAAUAAGUCGGGAAGAACCAAUCACAAUGUUGAUGAAUCUCCCAUACCGUCUCAGGAAAAAUCCAAGACCAAAGAUGAAAAAGAUAAGGCUUCGAAAGAGGAUUUAUCAAAUGAAUCCGAUGAUAGCGAUAGAGAAAAUGGCAAAGAUAAAUCUUCUGAUGAAGAUAACGAUAAUAAUCAGAGGAGUGAAAAUAGUGAUGACGAUGAUCAGGAAUGGGAGAAGUUCAAGAAAAUCAGGGAACGUGAGAGAUCUUUAGAAGGAAAAUCAAAGACAUCACAUCCAGUUCAUUGUCCUUAUUUUCCUGCUGAAAAGCAGGAAUAUUGGUGGACUUACAUAUGUGACAGGAAAUCAAGGACCUUGCUUACAGCCCCUUAUUAUGUUACUAGUUUAGUAGAUCAAGAAGUCGUUCAUCUCAAGUUCACAGCUCCCAUAUGGCCGAACAAAUAUGUAUUCCAAGUCUGUCUAAGAUCAGACUCUUAUGUUGGUUUUGACCAGCAGAAAGAUAUCAAAUUAGAUGUGGAAGAAGCCCACAAAGAAAUAGUGGAUCAUCCUCAAUGGGAAUUCGAAGAUUCGGCAGAUGAAGCGGUAGCAGAUAAUGAUGCCCACGAAUCGGAAUAUACCACUGAUGACGAUAUUCCUGGCGAUGACUGAAAUACUAACUUUUUAAAGGAUUCUAGUUGAAAAUAAAGAUGAAAAUCUGUCUGCCAGUGAGGUGGUCCAAGGUUCAAUAAAAGAAAUAUUCAGAGGCAGAUUUUUCUACAUUCAUCAUAUUUUUAUACUGCGAAUUUUUAUUAAUUUAUUAGAUCGAUCGUCUAUUCAUUCAUGACAGAUGAAGAAAAUAGUGUUAUUUAAGAUAGAUAUUGUCAUUGUUCUAUUCGAAAUGAAAACAGCAAUUUUUAUUUUUUGUGGCCAGUCUUCUUCAUUGAAAACUAAUUGGGUUUAAGGAACGGUUUGGACAAUAUUAUUUAGUAUAAUACUGUAGGUUUUCAAAGCCGGAUGGUUCUUCGGAUUUGGAAAAUUACGGUCUUUCUAGCCAUGGUCUUAUAAGUUUUUCAACUGUAAGCAUCUUCAUAAGUUUCUGAGUAGAAGAAUGUAAAUCGACAUUGGAUUUCUCCGAAUUAGGUUCAUCUCCUCCACUUCUGGCUAGUUAAAUUCAAGACAAUCUAUUGCUGGUAACCAGGCUCUAAAAAAGAAUGGUGCCGAAUCUCUUCUUUCAACUUUAUUGGAAUGCUUGAAUAUUUUGAUAGCUCUAACUCAUGGAGGAAGUAUAUUUACAAUAACAAACAAUUCCGAGGAAUCCAAUUUCGAGUUGCAAUCUCAAAAGUUGCUUACCGCAGUUGUAGGCAAAAUGUCGGGUGAAAAAGUAAAUAGAGUCUAGAAAGCCCGGAAUCUUCGUACUAUGUUGAAUAUUAAUUAGGUAUUUAAGUGAAAGAGUCAAUUUUGUUGCUUCUGGAUCAAGUUGGUGCAAUAUGAUGUACUAUUUGAGGCAGAAUGUUGAAC